AUGGAUGUUCUAGAUAUAGAUAAUGCCGAAGAAUUUGAAGGCAUUGAGCGAUUAAAAGAGAAAGCUAAAAAAAGAAAGGGACGUGGUUUCGGUUCAGAAAAUUCAGCAAGAGAAGAUAUACAAGACUAUGAGUCUAUGGAUCUUGAUGGUGGUGGCGAAGAACCGGGUCCUCAACGUUCUGUCGAAGGGUGGAUUUUAUUUGUGACAUCUAUUCACGAAGAAGCUCAAGAAGAUGACAUACAUGAAACAUUUUCCGAACAUGGAGAAAUUAAAAAUUUGCAUUUGAAUUUAGAUAGAAGAACUGGUUAUUUAAAAGGUUAUGCUUUAGUCGAGUACGAAACUUAUGAAGAAGCUCUACAAGCUAAAGAAGCUUUAAACGGUGCUAAAAUUUUGGAUCAACAAAUUGGAGUAGAUUGGUGUUUUGCAAAAGGUCCUAAAAAGCAAAGGAAAAGCAGAAACAGAAGACGAAGAGAUAAUAUUUAA